UUCAAAUCUGUCAGCUGUUCUCAUGGACGUCUCUCCCCAGAGGCUUUUAGGAGACUUUCGUUGUUAGGCUUGCCUCCCUAAUUCAUUUCGCAAUGAGCAGUGCUGCCAGUCUGGAUUUCGAUAAUCUUGCCACCCGAAAAGUGCUAUUAAUUUCGAAUAUUUUAUGCUCCUUCGCGAGCAGGCUAGUUUCCAGUUCCGUAGCCCUUGUGUAACCAGAAGGCAUCUCGGAAAGGACGAAAUGCUCAUACAUUCAGCUAAAAAUUCUCGGCGAGCCAGGUCUACGGAACCCUCACCUGAUAAUAAGGGAACAUAUAGCAAGCAACCUUGUGAGGAUAAAAUGGACGUUAUUAAUCGCUUUGCUGAUGGUUUGGAACCUGACGAUUCCUGUGAUGGGAUCAGCGAGAAACGUCUACCCUUUUCUUUGAAAAAUAAUGAGAACAUGAGCAAGACAGAAUUAAUCAACGGUUACCGUUUGCUUAUGAAUGAAAAACUGCGUCUGGAACGGUUUUUAUCCAUCAUGUCCAAGAACAACGAAAUGGCCCGUAACCGACUCGAGUCAGACCUGCUAGAUGCCAUGAUGUGCAUAGAGGAUUUGAAACAAGCGCUAGAAUUGCGCAUGGCUCGGCGCCGCAGAAUAGACCCUCGAGAAGCUGAAGAGAGACGCUAUCUGAUUAGGCAAAAUAAAAAAUUACUCAAUCAGUUGUAUGAAUCAGCCAAGAAAAUUGAAAGACUCGAGUUGACCAAAGUGGAGAUGAGGGAACAACUGGAGCUUUUGGAUUUCCAGAUAUUGGAGGUGGAAAAUCAAAAGGCAAUGAUGGAAGAGGAGCUAAAGAAAUUGCCAUCCUGCAAUCAUAUGUAUACACAAACCGAGGAGGAUCCCGCCGCACCCUCCCAGCUUGUCGCGCGUUUGCAAGAGCGCUUGAACACAAUGGAGGUGGAUUUGCAUGGCAGGAAAGCGGAAGCUGCAGCAGCACUGGCCAAGCAGCAACAUUUGGAGCAUUUGAUUCGCGAUUUACGGCGUGACAACAUCGAGCUGCGUGAUCAGUUGGCGAAACUAGAUGAUACAGAAAAUUCGCUCGCGGAAAGUGACAAACCGUUGGCUUCCGGUGUCCGUGUUAAUCAGGUCGCUAUGUGCAAGGCUGCGGACGCUCCUGAUUUAUCAAGCUUGGUGGCUCCAAAAGUGGAUGACUUACUAUUACAAGAAACCAUUCGAGCAUUUCACAAUGUUUUGGCCGAAAAAGAACAAGAGAUGUCCCACUUAAAACAAGUUCUGCAGUCCAACGCACAAUUACUUGGUUCACCUGAUGAACCACCAUCAAUCACUUUGCCACAACUUUAUGAAUCGGCAGUUCAAACUGAUUUUGUGGCAUCGGACUCACAUGCGUCUAGUCUCGCCAACGCCUUGGCUGAGGGAGGUAUACUGCUCACCGCGGACCAGAAAGCUAAAUUGACCAAGGAGAUUCGACACUCACUGGAUGCGCUGAACCACAGUGUCGCUGCAGAUACACUUGGGGAUGAAGUAUCUGAGGACGCUCAACAAGUAUGCUUUGGUGACUUAUUGUCAAGCGUUGGCCAGCUCCGACAGAAAAUUGAAGGCUUGCAAAUGAUGAUGAGUUGUACAGACGCAAGCCAACCGAAAACAACCCUCACUCAACCCAGGCUACACAAUGGUUCCACACUGGCCGUUGGGAGUGAACAUACCGUGCCGGCCUCGACGCAAUCCGAAGACAAGACGCCGGAAUGUUUCGAAGCAAAGUUCAAAGAGCUCCGUGAACGCGAAGAUUAUGAACUUCUAGAAGCUAAGCUAGGGGUCUCGGAACGCCGUCGUAACGACUUAGAAAGCCGGUUGACCGAGUUAGCGGAAGAACUCACUCGUGCACGGGCCGAAUCUCGUUCCGCCGAAGUAAGUUUGUCGGCCACUCGCCGAACGGAGGCCGCACUUAGACGACGUUUGCUGGCAGCAAUGGACUUACAAAGGUCGCAGAGCGAGUCCGUCACAAACCGCUUUUCUCUGAACGGCGCGGGGAGCGCCGCUUUCGAUAUUCAGAAUAUCGUCGAGCUUCAAGCUUCGCUGAUCAAAACAGAGGCGACGAAUGCAUCUCUGACUGAGGCUGCACAGCUCGAUCGAAGUCGCCUGGCAGAACAAAUGAUGCGUAUUGGACAGCUGGAGGCGGAACGCAGAACACUGAUAGAUAGAAUUUCCGUUCUGCAAUCCACGGAGGCCAGUGCACAACGUGGCAUCGUCAGGUUACAGGCUCUGUAUGAGGAUAUGCUGCGCGAGUACUCCGAGUCGCGCUGCCAUGAAUUCAGUUGGCAAAUGCGAGAACGCUCAAGACAAGAGCACCGAAAGGCAGAUGAGGAGAAUCAAAAAAUGUCAGCCGAACUGGCGCAAGCUGAAUCGCUUAUCUCACAACUGAAAGAAAAAGUGUCCCUUUUAGAGGAAGAAAACCUUUCGUUGAAGCAGGCCGAUCGUGGAACACCAGGAGAGUGCACAACCCACUCGCGUACCGUUGGUCGCUGCUCAAACCCAGACUGCAUCGAAGCUCGCCGUCUGCUGCGUGCAUUUCAGGAUCGAUUUACCGAUGUGGUGACUCAACUUGAUCGUGCACAGCUGUGUCUCAAUGCUCUCCAAAUGUCGUCUGAUCUGCCACCAAACGGAGAUGCUACGGCCGCUCCGGACUCACAUUGUUCCUCCAUGAUAACCUCGGCUCGGCACCAACUGGCUUCUAUGAUCAAUUCCAUCACCCAAUAUAGCUCGUGUGGCAUUGAUGUGAGCGAUACGCUUGCGCUUGCCAAAAGUUGUUCCAACAUUCUUUCUUAUCUGGAGAACUGGAUAGCAGCUUUCGUGAAACAGAACGAUGGAAAGCUGAUGCAGCUGCGAACAGCCAUUCUGAAUCUGAGUUAUGCUCCAGAAAAUGGCGAAAGAACCACCGUUAGCACAUCGACAAAUGAAGUGAAACCUCUCUUCUCCUGCUUGGUUCACGUGUCGAAAAAAUCUCACUCGUACGAGACAUCACAAAAGGGAGAUGUGCAUGGCAUGCACCAAGGAUUAGUGGAGCCUGACUACUUGGAAAAGGUACCUAUGAGUAAAUUCAGCAAAAUUGAUCCCGAAACUGCCUGAUCGGCAAACAUAUGCGGAAUCCAAUGGUUGCACUAGUGCUACGAAACAACGGCAGCCGGCGCGAAAGUCCUCAUGAUAUCUCUUCGUGAAAUUACACUGUGCGCGCUUCCGCCGUCUUUUUUGUGGUAACCCUUGCCGGUUAGUUUACUUUCGUCACGAUAUCCUUUCCAUAUUUGAGCUCAUCUUUUCUACAUUUACUCUUUCGUUCCGUAUUCAGAACGGUCGCCAGUUUUGUAGCAGAGAGCCAGUCUGUCAAUGGCCCCCUUCGUCAGUUUCCCUUAGCAUUUUUGUGCGCGUUUUCCAUUUCACGUUUCCAACUUGUCUUACCCUUUGUGUUGCAUAUGUGCACACCACUCGCCGGGCAUUUAUUUUAUAUACUUAUGACACAGUUUCACCUCCACAUAAGACAUCACAUUUUGUACUUCACUGAUUUCGCGACGACGACGACGACAUCGUUGGUUUACGAAAGGCAUUCGCAUACGGAAUUUGAAUCUUGCAUGUGUUGUUUUCUUAGCUCUAUCCUACAUUCGUUAUUUGCAAUAUACUGUGGUAUCACAAAAUAUACGUCUUUACUCGUACUUGC